CUGCAUUGGUACGUUCAACUAGAAAAUGAUUUAAGUUGGCAAAUUGGUUCUCCUAAGGUAUGUCGAAUGAGUUGCUAACAAACAGCUUGUGUUUGGAUUAGUCUUCAUCUCAAAAUUGACGUUUAGUUAAUCCAUGAGCAUAAUACGAUCCAUGAUUUUUGAGCUUUAAAACUACCAGCUAGACAUGAGCUAGAUAUGCUUGGCCGUGUCUUGCUCAAUACAAGUGGCAUGAGAACGAAAUCUUAGUCUCCGCAUACUGUUGCAGAAUUUUUAUUUUUAUUUUUCUGUACAAAGCUCGGGAGUUUUGGAUUCUUAUUUCAUUAAGGUUGGAUCCUGUAUCAUUUGAUAAUCUGAUGCAGUACCGAUCAUUAGAUCAUGUAUCAAGAUGCAUGAGAGUGUAAUUUUCGCUUUCUCAUGCAUUCGACGAAGGCGUAAGAGAGCGUGCGUGAUUUAAUGGCCCAUCAUGCACAGGACAGUCGAAUGGUCCGAUGAACCAAACCUUCGUACGUGCGAAUUAGGCUGUUUCAAAAAAUUAGACUGUUUUCGUUCUGUACGGAAAUAUCUCAUCCCGGAACGGGCAAAUAUCCUAUCCGCCGAACCUCUGCUAGAUUUUAUAACGCACUUUUGAGCUCUGUUCUGCUCUUUUGGUCUUCCAUGGCGGAAGCCGUCUCUUUUGCCUAUGCGGCCAGACCCCCCAUAGAGCUCUUCAGCCAUCCUGGAAGAAGAAACCCUGGAGGUCAGCUACUUCCCUCUCCCUUCUCUCGCCUCCCUUCCUCUUUUCCUCCUUGCUUCUCCUCUCCUCCCUUCUCCUCCGCUCUCCCAAUCCCCACCCAGAGAACUUCUCUCUCUUGCUCUUGCUCCCUCGGGACGCCGGCACCAGCCAAGCCUUUGAUUCAAAAAGCUCCCCUUUUUAGCGAGGGAAGGGAUGAGGACGAGGGCCGCCUCAUCUGCCCCGGCUGCGGAGUCUUCAUGCAGGACUUCGACCCCAAUCUCCCCGGCUAUUACCAGAAACGCGUCGAUCGGGACACAAAAGAAGUCGAAAACGGCUCCAUCGAUCUUUUGUCCGAAUCCGAUGAAAUCCUCGAAGAAGGGGAUGAAGCAACCGAUGGAUUGCCGUCGAGAUCUGAUCGUGGUUCGGAUUCCGAAGGCGGCCUUUUGGAUGAGAGCUCGGUAGAAGGAACGAAGGAAAAAGAGGAGAUAAAAGGAGAAAUUGAUUGGGAUCUAGAUUGGGAGGAGGAAGAGGACGAAGAGGAGAAAUGGAGGAAGGAGCUGGAUGGAUUCGCCCCUCCCAGCGUUGGGUAUGGCAACAUCACCGAGGAGACACUGAAGAAGAUGAAGAAGGAGAAGAUCUCCAAGUCUGAGAAGAAACGGAAGGUGAGAGAGGCGAAGAGAAGCGAAGCAGAGGAAUCGGUCACCGUCUGCGCCAGGUGCCACUCUUUGAGGAACUAUGGGCAGGUGAAGAACCAAAAUGUAGAGAAUUUGAUGCCAGACUUCGAUUUUGAUCGCGUCAUCUCCACCCGGCUGAUGAAACCCACGACGAGUGCUCCGGUGGUGGUGAUGGUCGUCGACUGCGUAGAUUUUGAUGGUUCAUUCCCAAAACGAGCGGCCAAGUCUUUGUUCAAAGCCUUGGAGGGAAGCAAGAGAGACUCCAAAGUGAGCAAAUUGCCAAAGCUUGUUCUUGUCGCAACAAAAGUGGAUCUCCUCCCCUCGCAGAUUUCUCCCACAAGGUUGGACCGGUGGGUCCGUCACAGAGCUAAGGCUGCAGGAACACCUAAGCUAAAUGCUGUUUAUCUGGUGAGUGCUCGCAAGGAUCUGGGUGUGAGGAAUUUGAUUUCUUAUAUCAAGGAAUUGGCAGGACCCCGUGGGAACGUGUGGGUGAUUGGAGCUCAGAAUGCUGGAAAAUCUACUCUAAUUAAUGCAUUUGCUAAGCGAGAAGGUGUUAAGAUUACUAGACUUACUGAGGCGGCAGUGCCAGGGACUACAUUGGGGAUACUGAGAAUUAGGGGGAUUUUGCCAGCGAAAGCAAAGAUGUAUGAUACUCCAGGUCUCUUACAUCCAUACCUGAUGACAAUGAGAUUAAACAGGGAGGAGCAGAAGAUGGUGGAAAUCCGGAAGGCGCUGCAGCCAAGGACCUUCAGGGUGAAGGCUGGGCAAACAGUUCAUGUUGGUGGGUUGAUGAGACUAGAUCUUACACAGUCUUCCGUGGAGACAAUUUAUGUCACUGUUUGGGCAUCACCAAAUGUCUCUCUUCACAUGGGGAAGACUGAAAAUGCAGAUGAGAUACGGAAGAAGCAUUUUGGUAUCAGACUGCAGCCACCCAUCGGACAGGAUCGAGUGUCUGAACUUGGGGAAUGGAAACAGAGAGAGACCAAGGUAUCUGGGAUCAGCUGGGAAUUAAAUAGUAUUGAUAUUGCUGCUUCUGGGCUUGGAUGGUUUUCUUUGGGACUUAAAGGCGACGCUACUGUGAUGGUGUGGACCUUUGAUGGUGUUGAAGUAACACAGAGAGAACCAUUGGUUCUUGAUAGAGCUCCAUUCCUUGAAAGGCCUGGAUUUCUGUUACCCAAGGCUAUAUCUGAUGCCAUUGGUAACCAAAGUAGGAUUGAGGCACAGACUAGGAAGCUGAAAGAAGAGAGCUGAUUCUCUUUUGGAAGCAAGUAUCUAAAAAGUAUUGGUGACUCUAAAACCAGUGGUGAGUUCAGAACUGAUAAUAUGUGGAUCUUAUCUUGGAUGUUGAUCCAUGCAUCGGAGUACGAAUAGCUAUGUGAUGAGGAAUUGUAAAGGCAGCUCUAAUAACACUGGAAUUUUGUUCUCCAUGGCUACAUGUUGAGUUUGUGGAUUCUCUCUUUCUCAAUUUAUUUUAUAUACGUAAUUUCAGUCCAUUUCGUGAAAAAAGUGAACGUGUGUAAUCACUUACAUUAAUACCCGAAGGAAUGGGAAGGCAUCACUUUAUCUUAGGUUGCAGUUUAUACAUGGGAAGAUGAAUUUGUAAGCAUAUUCAGACGUAUUCGACAAGUCCUCAAACAUUUUCUUCAGAUGCAUAGGUCUGUCAAACUGCUUUAUUUUCUUCU